GUCCUUUAUAGCUGCUAUCUUUUAUUAUUACUUUCAAUAAUUUGAACCACCUUGACGUUGACGUAUCAAGUUAAGAUCAUGGGAAAUUUCUAAUUUGUUUUGUUGUUUUCGUUUUAUUUAACUCAAUUUCGUGAUUAAAAUGUUUAAACAAACACCAAGUUAAAAAAAAGCACCCAAAAAUGACAACAAAGCUCUUUUUUUAAUAAAAACUGAAUGUGUUCGAAAAUAUGUUAUCAAGUCGUUUCUAAACAGCCUACCAAUCAAGUUCGAGAUGAAGCUGUUUCUGUUUAUAGCUGCUUUGGUUGUCAUUUUGAGCUUAGCAAAAUGCCGUCGUUUCUCGCUUAAGGGAAGAAUUGUUGGCGGAGUUCCUGUGAGUAUCAACGAAUUUCCCCACCAAGUCUCGUUGCGUGCGAAUGGCAAGCAUUUAUGUGGUGCUACAAUCAUAUCUAAUAAUACUAUUCUCACUGCCGCACAUUGUACAAUACGCUUUGAAGCCCAAAAUCUGACAAUCACUCACGGAUCAACGCGCGCCAAUAACGGAACUAUACAUCAAGUUAAAGAAAUUAUCCUAACUAACCCCCCUUACAAUAAGACUACACUGGAGAAUGACAUUUCCAUUCUUAAGAUUACUCCACCGAUAAUAUUUUCGAACAAAAGUCAAGCCAUCAAAUUGUCAACAGACACCGGACAUCUAGUGGAAGGUUCUGAAGUUGUGAUCAGUGGAUGGGGUAAACAAAAUGAAACCGAACCGACAAAUCUUGAUUUUGGAGCCAGAUCACUUAAAGCUGUGACUCUUAAAAUUUCCAACUUCGAUAAGUGCAAGGAGAUUUACAGCACAGAAUUUGACGUCAAUAUUGACGGAAGAAUGAUUUGCGCAGCUGCUAGGGGCAGAGAUAGUUGCAAAGGUGACUCCGGGGGACCAUUGAUUGAUAAGAAGACUCGACAGCUAGUUGCAAUUCUUUCAUUUGGUAAUGGUUGCGCUAGAGAAAAUUAUCCAGGGGUUUAUACACGUGUCUUAAAUCAUCUUGAUUUUAUAAAAAGCAAUAUCAAUAAACGUGUCAAUCACUCAGCCAAUUGCCGCAAUAAUUUUUGUGCCAAAGGAAAUUGCACAUUCGCAAGCAGCACAAGCAAACACCAUCAACCAUCACCAACGAGCUCGCCAUCACCAUAUCGUCUCAAAGUCAAAAACAUACUUCGAGCUGCUUUUAUGUUGUAUGUUGAGAUCCAAGAAGUGAGGAGGGGAGAGAGGAGGGUGUGGUAUUCAACCUCAAUCCUCAUCGCCAUGCAUCGUCCUUACGACAACAACUCCGAACAACUUAAUUUGCAUAUCGAUGUGAGUUAUAGAGUACGAGCUGAUGUGCAGUACAUGGGUUCUCCUUCUCCUUGUUUAACACGUCGGGAAGAGUUUCUGGAGGAGUGCAACUAUAUGGCUUCGGUUUUGGCUUGGCUUGGCUUGGCCACUUAUGCCACAUUACUUUGUAUGUUACCAUCAACGUUAUACUAUAUGUACGUGCGACUGGAUAUGGAUAUGGAUAUUGCGGUGGUUGCUGAAGCUCAAGCUCGAUGCUCUUGCUCGCUCAACUCAAAAGAUGAAGAAGAAGAAUUUCAUUCCGCCAAAAAUCCCAAAAAAGGAUACGCUACCGCACUAAGAUACGAAACCAAAACGAACGUUGGAGGAGGUGGAAGGAUGAGAUAUGCCGACAAAGAGAAAGUGGCUCUGCCAUCACAAAUGAACCCAGAGAUUCAAGGCAACCGAAAAAUUCGAUUCAUGAAUUGA